UAUAACUUUACCUAAUCUUUAAACGACCAUACACGAUAUCAGCACGACUCGAACGAAAGGACGGAAACACGUUAAAUCCACGACCCAUAUACGACAAGUUUAGUCUGACUUCUCAGGACUAUCACUACUACAUACACCACACUGCAUCUUCACAUAAUGGAGUCCACCAUGAUGGCGACUCAGAUGGCCGCUGGACAGUUCUACUGGGACAGCCGGCAACAAGCACAGUUUCCGCAAGCGCAGCAAGUCCUCGCGCCAGCUGGUAUGGGCCAGCUGCCCAUGUACCCCAUGGUACCAACUCUGCCCUCAACUCCGACUUACUCGAGGCCCAACUCCUCAUGCUCGCAGCAGCCGCCAUCUGUGCCGACAUUGUACAGCAACGGCCCCGGUGUCAUGACACCGCUGGCCUCGCCGCAGCCUCACUCCGCGGGAGCGCACCAGAAGCCCACCAUUCUUCUCGACACCGAGGGCCUAGAUGACGGGCUGUGCUUUCCCUCUACACCACCGUUGUCCAGCGCGUGCAGCACUGUGAGCAGCCCCAAUCAGCAAUGCGACAUGCUGCAGACGCCGAUGAACCCGAUGUUCUCUGGGCUGGACGGCCUUGAGGAUGGCAAGGAAACCCUCGAGUCGAUUGAGAACCCUGUACUCGAUUGGUCGAGCUGUGGAUCACCACCAAUGACACCUGUUUACCUCCAUCAGAACCCACAAGCUCCAUCUCAUUCUCAGCCUCGUGCAUCACACGUACCUGAAUCUCAACGACCCUUCGACCAGGAUUCGAUUCCAAGCGUCAGCUCCACCAGCGACCUCCUAUCCUGCCCUUCCCUAUCUCCGUCCCCUGCUCCUUAUGCUAGGUCUGUGACGGCAUCAGAGCAAGACGUCGAUUUCUGUGAUCCCCGGAACUUGACCGUCUCGGGUGUUAUCCCUGCGACUUCCGCUCUUGCUGAAUUGGCCGUCUUCCCAUCCAUCGACGACGACGACGGACUCAAGGCUGGCGAAGCAGCAUCCCAGGCCCCCGCCCCAGUCGCACCGUCCCAUACUGCGACUUUCGACGACCUCAUCGUUCCAUCCCACGGACUACCCCCAUUCGACGACCAUCUUUCCGAUUUGGAAUCGGACGAAGACUUGGUCAACGACCUUGUGAAUUUUGGCUCAGACGACGCCACAACCAACUCAGCAGCCUUGGACGCCGGCCGGCCCCGCGCAAGCACUGGCUCCAGCGUUGUUUCUCUUGGUCACGCCAGCUUCAUUGGCGCAGGCGAGUUCAGUUUCGACGAGGAAGAGUCCUUUCUCACAGACGCCACCAGCUCCUUCUCCGACUGCGACUCGCACCAGAGCAAGCGUCGCAAGAUUUCCAUCGACGACAGUGCCGCCGUUUCCUCCAUGACCACGACCGCCGCGACAGAGGCCACCCAGUCGGGCGUGAGUGCCGACUCGCAGCAGCCGGCCUCGCAUCAGGGCGCCCAGACCCCGGAGGCUAAAGACUCUUCGGAUUCCGAACACGGAGCUACGCCCCAGCCGUCCGGGGGCCCCGGCCUCAAGAGCCGCCGCGGUCGCAAGCAGUCGCUGACGGAGGACCCUUCAAAGACGUUCGUCUGCGAGCUGUGCAACCGCCGAUUCCGUCGUCAGGAGCACCUCAAGCGCCACUACCGGUCGCUCCACACGCAGGAGAAGCCCUUUGAGUGUAACGAGUGCGGCAAGAAGUUCUCUCGCAGCGAUAACCUCGCCCAGCAUUCGCGGACCCACGGAGCGGGUGCCAUCGUCAUGGACCUCAUCUCGGAUGACACCACGUCCCACUCGUUCGAAAAUAUGAUGGUCCCCGCCGGCGUCCCGGGGGGGGACUUCCAUCAAUUGGGCAAGGUGUUGUUCCAGGUCGCUGCCGAGGUUCCUGGGAGCGCCAGCGAGGCAUCGUCGGAGGAUGGCGACAGCGAUAGUGGCGGCAAUAACAAGCGCAAGCGAGACGACUGAGGAAAGAGCAGACAUUUUCAGCGGCUGUGGUUUUUGACAUUUUAUUUUUCUCUUUUCUCUUUCCUCGCUGCUGGCUUCAGCUUAUGGAUCCAUCUUUUUUUCUUCUUUUUGUCUUCUUUAUUUACACUCAU